CUGAUUGCUGUUUGUCAACCAAUGAUGUGAGUGUGCAAACCGGAGAGUCUCUCCACGCCUCUCCCUCUCUCUCUCUGUCUCCGUGUCUGUCUAGCGCCACGCAAAUUCUAAAAAACACAAUUACAUGCGCAAGCCGAUCGAGUGGGUGUCAUGCAGUCACAUGAAGCCACUUCAUUUCUAGUCGAUAUACAUGCUAAUCACCUCUCUUCGACCUCGUUCCGGGGCUUUUUCCUCUGCGCGUAACCGGUGAGAGCGAGAGCACUCGGGAUUCAGAGUCGGAGAAAACAAGGAAUGUUUCUUCCGGUUCUGAGGAGUGAGAAUACCGAACGGAAGCCGAUGUGGUCUUUGUAGGCUGUCAGCAAAGACUUGUACUCCCUCCUUUACUUCCACGUCUUGUGCCUCUCUGAACCAGCCACCUCUGCUACCGGCUUCGGUUUCUCCCCAACUGUAGGAAAAACCACUGAGACAAGAGAGAGGCCUCUGUCUUCAGAACUGCAGCCAACCUCUGACUGCAUGUCAGCGAGCUCCUCUUUUUUUCACCUUUCACUCCCCCUCAGAAACCCACAUUUCAUCAUAACCGUAACCUCCAGACCUACAGCGGGCUGCUAGCUGCCUCCUCGCAGGUUCAGUUGGCUAUUGCUCCCCUAUUGUUGACCCCUGACUGGCCUUCGACUGGUGCUCCUUCAGCAGGGGAGGGAGGGGAAAGAAGGCCUCUGAACGCUUUGCCACUUUCCCUGGAGAUGAAGUUGCAGGCCGUCAUGGAAAAUCUGCACAGGCAGCAGAGGGCCAAGCUACUGAUGGAGCAGCAGCUACAGCAGCAAGCCGCCUCCCAACAGACUCAGGUCCGUAUGGCCGGAGGGAAUGAGCUGAUAGGGAGCCCGGCACCUGAGACAGAGCAAACUCAGAUAGCGGCUCUUGCAGCCAUGCGUGCCGCGGCGGCCGGGCUGCAGAGGGUGUCAGACAGCCCCAUGUCGGAGCGCAGCAGUGGUGGUGACGAGGAAGGCGAUAAUGAGGACAACGAUGAAGGAGAGGAGCAAUACAAGGACAUGAUGGGGUCAGAUGAAGAGGAACAGAUCAAACAGAAAUGGGACGAGGAGGACUUUGAAGGUGAGAUGGAAGAAGACUUUGAGGAUGACCUUGAAGAGGAAGGUCUGCCUACGGGUCAUGAUGCAGUGGCCCCUGGCAAGGGCAUCCUCCUGCUGCCUCACCGUCAGCUUAACCCCCAUUCCCAGCUCCUGAAGGUCCGUCCCAGUGCUGAGCAGGAGUCCCGCUCAGCAGUGGGAGCACAUCUGCAUUCACAUACCACGCAUAGCCAUUUGAGUGGGCAGGACCACGGAGACUGGACCUACGAGGAGCAGUUCAGACAGCUCUAUGAACUGGAUGGAGACCCAAAGAGGAAAGAGUUUCUGGAUGACCUCUUCAGCUUCAUGCAAAAACGAGGAACCCCAGUGAAUCGUAUUCCCAUCAUGGCCAAACAGGUCCUGGAUCUGUACAUGCUGUACAAGCUGGUAACAGAGAAGGGUGGCCUGGUGGAGGUUAUUAACAAGAAACUGUGGAGGGAGAUCACCAAAGGACUCAACCUGCCUACCUCAAUCACCAGUGCAGCCUUCACUCUUCGCACACAAUACAUGAAGUACCUGUACCCAUAUGAAUGUGAAAAGAGGGCACUGAGCAACCCCAACGAGCUUCAAGCAGCCAUCGACAGCAAUCGACGGGAGGGCCGGCGACAGAGCUUUGGCAGCUCUCUCUUCACCUACUCUCCCAAUGGGACUCCCACCAUGCUGUCCUCGCCGAAGCUCCCCACGCCCAGCAUGGGCUUAACAGUGGGCACCAACGGGACCUCGCUGGGUCACAUCCACAAGAUCAAGAAAGAAGAAGAGGGAGGCCAGCCUCUGGCAGGCGUCAGCAUGGCUCGUUUGCCAGCGGGGGGCUUGGCAGGUCACUCAGUGGCUGCUGUGCAGGCAGCAGCAGCCCAUGCCGCCAUGGCUGCUCAGGUGGCCGCUCUGGAGCAGCUGAGGGACAAACUGGAAGCAGGCGAGCCGCCAGAGAAGAAGAUGGCGCUGUCUGCCGAGGAACACCAGCGACUGCUGCAGAGAGCGCUGCAGCAGAACCUGCUAGCCAUGACUGCUCAGAUACCUAUGAACAUUCGCAUCAACAACCAAGAUGGCAGACAAGACUCAGCUCUGAACCUCACCACCAACGGCACAGGGAGCAUCAGCAUGUCCGUGGAGCUCAAUGGAGUGGUAUACACUGGCGUUCUUUUUGCUCAGGCAGCACCAGGGUCAGCCUCGUCUGGUGCAUCUGCAUCGUCCGUCACCAACAAGGCUCCCAGCAGUCGCAUCGCUCCGCAGCAGCAGCAGCAGCUGCAGAACACACCUACCUCAAACUCCAGCAACUCAUUGUCUUAACAAACUCCCAGCCUUUCCUUCAUUCAUAUUUUUUUUUAUUUACCACGCUAAGUGAAGCCAAAAAGCAACCUCAUUUUCUAUCUCACCAAUGCCAAAAAUAGAAAAGAAAAGAAAAGAGAAGAACCAUAAACCAUACAGAAAGACACAAACUGGAACUCUGUUCACUUGAAGUACACUAUCUCAGGUUUCCUCUCACAAACUCUUUUGUUCUUCAUCGCCAAAAUGAUCUUGAAAAAGCAAAAUCUCCCAACUGAGAGCCAGUAUAUGCUAAACAAAGACAUAUGCACAGCCUGUGAAUUAUUUAUUUCUGCAUCAAUGUACAGAUUAUUUGGAGAAAAAAAGAGAAGAUAAAAACUAGGAAAGCAUUGUUUACACACACAAACACAGCUACUGACUGACAAUGAUGUUUUAUCCUUCAGGGGAGAGACUUUAUUUUAAGUUUUCAUUGUCAUUAUUGUCAUUAUUUUAUUCUCUUUAUUGUUUUUUUGUUUUUUUUAUCAUUUAAAUCUUUAACAAUCUUUUCACUGCAGGAAAAAAAUCUAUAUUAAGAAUUCUAUACAAAAAAAAAGAAUAUCAUCUAUUUUUAAUCAGAAUAACUUUAAGGAUAAGUGUUGUUUCUUCAGGGCAUAUAUAAAUAUAUAUAAAUAUAUAUAAAUUGUACCAUUGUGACCUCAUUUUGGGUAAAACCUUAUACACACGGCAGCCGUUUUGAGUGUCUGUGUGAGAUAACAACGCAGGUCUGUGCUCCUGUCGUGUGGGGACGUAUGCAUUACAUCACAGAUUCUCCUGUGAAUAGACAGAGUGACGUCGGCGUCCCGACUCAGACUAAUGCAAAGGAGCACGCAUUGGAGGCGGGCAUAGUUGUUCUUCCUGUGACGCUCGGCUAAUUUAGCUAGAAAAUCCACUCCUGUUUGUUGACACGAGGCUUGUUAAAUACACCCUUUACCUUUUUUUUUCUCUCUCUCUCCAUUAUGCUGGUAGAGUUUUCAAAAUGUAAGAGUAAGGUCAGUUUGUACAGGCGGUAAAAUUAAGUUGUUUCUUUUUGUUUUGUUUUUUUUCCCACCUCCCUGCACCUCAUCACAGGAUGGACUUUCUCAGUGCUGUCCACACCAAGUGUUCCUUUUCCUGUUUAGGGUUCAGAUUUAUGUGGAAAACACAGGUUUUAGGUGAAUGUUCUCAGGUGUUUCUCGCUCUUAAACAAAUAUCCCACUUGACAGAGCACUGCUUUUCCACGUGUUGAAAUCUGCGUUAUCUUCUUUCUAACUUGGCCUUUAGUGGAGUGAUUGUCUUUCAAAAAAAGAAAAGAUGCAUGCAUGUAUUUGUAGAUAAAAAGCCCCCUUAAUGAGAUAUGAAGUGAUUUCCCAUCUUAGGUUCGCAGGAGUCGAGCGUAUACUGAAUCUUUAUUAUUGCAGAGCUGCUCAAAUGGACAAUCAGGUGUCAGGAGAUGCUUAUCUGGGCUUCGGACGAGUGCUUUUUUUCAGCUCGUAUGUGACAUUGUGUUGUGUUUUCUUUUUUGGCUUUGUAUUAUAGAUUUCAGAUGCUUUUUAUUUUUAUUUUAGCGUUUUCAGCUUUGUUUUUGAUGAAUUUGUGUGUCUUCUGAUCCAAGUGCUUCUUAUCCCGCGCCUUGAGACGAACAGGGUCUCAUUAAGGUUAGCUUGCAACCUGUCCGGGAUCCUGCGAUGGCUGAGAGGCGAUCGCAGCUGCGGCGUUUGCUCGUGGCCUCGCGUCUUUGUACAAACUCUGUUAGCUUUACAAAACACAGAGGAGAAUCUGUGUCAUUUGUGUUCGUGCUUUUUGAAGUCAGUCAAUCAAUUCAGCUUUUUGAACUUUAACCUGUUACCUCUCUGAACUGUUAACCGUUAAAGAUUGUUCCCCACAGCCCCGACACACACGCGCGUACACACACACACAGUCACCCCACUUCACAAAGCAGCUUCAUUCCUACUGAUGUUGGAAGUAAAUCAGGCUUUGUACGUGGGUUCUGUUCAGAGACCUUAACACAGCAUGAGCUGACCAGAGAGCGCGCGGUACCUCAGUUUAAUCAGUUUUUACUGUUCAAGUCAAAUAUCACCAGAUGGCUGUCGUGGCUUUGAUUCUGGACUCACUUCUCGGUGGGAAAUUACCACCAGCUGCUACAGAGCAACUGGUCAUUACUUUUAUGUUUUUUGUAACGGACCUCACAGUCAUCACAGUGGCGUUCUUGAAUUUCAGUGCAAUGUCCACAAAGGAUUGAACUGUCCAUCCUCAGGCACAGGAAAGCAAAGGCGGACUUCAGGUUUAUGUAAAACCCUGCUCGAGACUUCAGAAACCAUUUGAUUUGCAAAUCGAAUAACUAAAUUCGUUUCUCUCCGCAAAACGCUUAAGCGCCUUUUAGAUGCGGAAUACAAAACAUUGCCGGCUUUAUCUGUUUACCGUAAAGUUCCUCCUCCUUCUCAAAGAUGAGCCCAUGGCUGAGGCAGCGACAGCCACACUAACCUUGCAAUAAUUGCCAGACACAUGCAAGAAGUGUUGCAUUUGUGGCAUCGAUUGCCAAUGUCAACUAUGAUGAGGUUAAACCACACUUUUGAACAUUUAGAGUUGUGAGUGUGUGUCUGCGUUUGGUGCAUGGUGCAACAUCAAGCAGUAGCUGCUCCUGGUUCUCACACGGGGGCUCGAGGAGGCCGUUCCACACAGACGCCGUAAACCGAACACACGGUUGCUGAGACACGAUGAUAAAACAUUCAGCUGUUUGGCGAAUUCUCCAGUGAACCCAUGAGCACGUGCAGGACACCUUUCUGAAAAAAGUGACUGAAAUUACGUAGUCAGACAUGAGGCUGAUGUGUUAGGACGCCGUCAGGCUCAGAGAGUGUCUACGUGUAGAAUGUGUUGCUCUUCAUUAACUCAGGCGUACAGCUGAUUUAAAUGUUUGAUAAGUGCAUCUCUUAGAAACACAGUAAACACUUUGUGAAUGUGAGAUUCAAAGGCUCAGCUCCAUGAAUGUCAUCUGCCUUUUUUUCAUGCCCUUACAGUAAUGGGUUGGUAUGUUGGAGUACUGCUUAGGCCCUAACCAAAACAAAACAAAAGGGGAAAAUGACAGCCCUCACGUAUUCCUGCUUCCUUGUAUCUGCAGUAUGAGUGGAUACGAGGGCUGUUUUUCUUUGUAUCAGGAGUAGCAGGUGUCACAGUUGCCAGUAAUGGCUGACAAUCAAAUAGAGACGUACUGCGGCUGGAAGCAUGUUGGGGGAGGAUGGCUGGAGAGAAGCUAAAUUCAAUCAAUCCCAAUCUAAAGGAUCAACACUGCUUUUUCACAUUUGACCCUGUGACCUUUUGGCCCCCAAGGCAGCUUUUAAAGCACCCUCCCCCCCUUCGGUGAAUCCAUAUUUAUCGUAUAACUAUCGACUGCUUGUGUGUGAUAUUUGCACAUGAACAACAAAGGUACCGCCACUCGACUGUACUCGCUCUCUCUGUGGACGGCAGCAUUUUCAAGGAACAUGUUCUUAACAUGCGCAGUAGCAACAAUCAUGAGACUUAAAGACAACGCUGUAUACCUCCAAACACUCUCGACAUCCCUUCAACCACAAUCAAACCCCGUUUCUACCUCAAGGACUAAAAGCUUUGGCAGAUUUCUCCUGCAGGGCCACACCUGGGAGAAUCCUGCUGGAGGCUGCGCUCAGGCCAAAAAACCCCACUCAAGUGAUGGUGGUGCCGGUUCAUAAGGAUUUUAAAAGAGAUUGUAGUGACCACAGACAAUCAGCUGAAAAUGCAAUUCUCACCUUUAACGAUGACCAUUUUAGAGGCAGCUCUUUGGCAAGAGCUCCCCUCAGUGGAAGGUUUUUGUUACAGCGCACAAUCAGUCAAAGUUUCCUGUAUGGGGGGGAAAAAAACAUGGAAGGAUAUGAAGGCUUCAACUAUUCCAUUUACUUUCUUUUCCUUUCUUUACUUCCUUGUGGUGUUUCCAGAGUUUAAUGUUUGUGGGGGAUGUAAAAGCUUCAGAAUCAGCAUUCAGAUCACGGAACACUAAAACCAAACUUCACAGGCUUUUAGAAUCAGUAGCUCUGCAAGGCACUCAAACAGGGAAGUGGUUCAGACAGGGAAAAUGCAGUCUGGCCUGUAUCAGUGCAAUCAUGUAGGAUCCUCUGGUCAGAGGUAGUUCAUCUCUGAUAUUUUAAGGCACAGUGUAGCUAAGAAAACUGCAUCAGUCUUAACUCUGUAGCCUGUAGAGUUGUGAAAAACAGAUUUUUGUUCAGGCUGGAGCUUUCGUUUUUUAUUGUAUGGUAGGAAGUUUGACUCCUAUAGCUUACAGAUGUUUUCCAUCAUUAGAUUAGACAAUGCCUGCGCAACAUGUUUGGCUUUUUUAUUAUUUUAUUCGUCUUUAAUGGCCCUGGACUGUUUUCAGAAGCCUGCUUCGUUUGACACUGUUGUACAGACUUGAACAGCAACAUAACUCAUCUAUUUUCCUGUCUUGGAGUCCAAUUUUGAUAACAGUAUGUUAAUAUCAGCACAAACCCUCAGAGUCUAUCGCGAUCAGCUCGCUCGCUCUCUGUCUCAUUCGUAACUUUUAAGUGUCUGAAUCUCAGCUGUUUUUGAUCCCAACCAGAGCUGUAGAUAAAAUAACUGCUUGAAAAACAUGGUUCUGAGGGUCUUGCUUGGAGCGUGACUCCUGCUCCCACCUGCUGCCGACAUGGACACUUUGCUAGAACAUUUACGGGUUAAGGCGCAUGUGGGGCUCGAGGACUUUUGACUGGACUUCACCACUCACCUUACCUCAACCAGGGGGACUGUGGAUAGGGAAGAUGAUGAUGAUGAUAAAAUAACAAGAUGCCUUCUGCUGUGACAAUUAUAUGAAUUAACAUGUAUUACUAAGACUCAUUAAGUAGAUUAUUUCUGAAAUUGGCUUUUAGGGCUAUGGAUAUAUAAUUUUUUUUUUUUUAAUUGUUUUUUGUUUUUUUGGCUAUUUCCCUGCUUUUUUCCUUGUUUUAGACAUGCUGUAGCAACGGAGACACAGAGAUUACUUAUAGAGCAGAUUUUUGAAUACAGUGAUGAUACUUAUAAUGGUAAUGUGAUUAUUAUAGGGAAGCGUGUGUGUGUGUGUGUGCGUGUGCGUGUGCGUGAGCAAGUGAGAGUGUGUGUGUGAGAGAGCUUCACGUGUAUCCUCAGAACAGAAACAGUACUCUGUCUCUUGUCUCUUACAACCUCUCAGGAAAAUCUACCUCUACCUCCAGUUUGAUGCAUUUAACCCGGUGAGGGCUCAAGUUACAGUUUGGCAGGAAGAGGACAUGAGAAUGGGCGCCGGCGUUUGAAGUGAACUUCAGCCGACCUCGAUUGAUAUGAACGCCGUGCUUGUGUUAGAUACAAACAAGACAUUCUUGGUUGAGAGGUUCAUUUCUGACGCCGGGGCGUCCGCCGCCCUCUUGUUUGUCGUUACACUUUCGUAACACUUCUGUUGUUUAGCUUAUUUGAGUACCAACAACAGGGAACCUCCAGCUCAACAGCUAACUACUACCAGUACUCGGACAAGUACUGCUUCUCACACCACUGUCAGUUCAGAGUUUUGCAGUCUGCUCUAUUAAUGUGUGCUUAUUCCUUCUUUUUUUUUUUUUCUAUCAAUGAUCACAUUUUUUCACAAGUGGGAUGUUUCCCCAAUGGCCACCACAUCUGUGAUGUGGCAGCGGGGCAAUGCAACUGUUUAUUUUGAAGGGUGAAGAUCUGUUCUUGCCUAUUUACUCAAUAUAUGUUAGUGUGAAUACUUUUAUUUUGAAUCUGAAAUUAAUAAAAUAUCACCUUUGUUAAAUGUCA